GUCAAAAGGGUAUCUUCUGACGAUUUGAAAAAGCCUUAUUAGUAUUCUUUAGUAUUCUGUGACUUUGGCUUCCAUGAACAUCUUAGUUGAUCUGGGUCAAACGAAGGACAUCCAGAACGUGUGUAGAUCCUUGCCUGAUAAACAUUGUCUUUUACCAGGGGCAGUGGUAGAAUAGAGCAUUGACACAGCACUUGCAUCAUGGCUGGGGGCGGGGAACACUCCUUUUAUGCUCUUCCAGUGCAAUUCACACAGGGAUCCUCCCUGGUGCGGCACCUGUACAUUAAGGAGUACAGCAGCUCAGAAGAGGGGCACGCUACCAUUCCAAAGAACUGUGGGCUGUUUGUCGCGGGCUUACCUUACAUCCCCCAUGACAACAGUGAGGUCCUGACGGACCUCUUUGGGGCUUUUGGAGCAGUUGAGAGAGUCGCGGUCCACCCCUCACAGACGUCGGCCAUUGUGGUCUUCACAGAGGCUUCGUCUCGGAGGAAGGCCUUCAAAACAGCGCAGAGUGCCAAGCUCGUGCAGCUGAUCUUGGCAGAACCAGAGGAGCAUUAUGGGCUCAAAGGCCACGUGGAGGCUCACAAGGCGCUGUUUCCAGGGAAUGAUAUUCUGAGGAGCCAGCUGGACAAAUGGACAGAGGACUUUGAAGCCGAGGAGGAAAGGCGGAAACGCGAAGCGGCUGCCGCUCUCGCAGAGGAGGGGUGGACGGUGGUGAAGAGGAGAGGGGGAGGGAAGAAGGUGUCAGAUGGAGCUGGUGCUGCAGUGGGUUCUGUGGCGCCUGCAGCAGCACAGGCAAUUGCGGCCAGCAGAAAGGAACAAAAGGUGGUGGACUUCUACAGAUUCCAGCAGCGAGACAAACGCCGGAAUGAACUGGUGGACUUGAGGCGGAAGUUUGCAGAGGACAAGCAGCGCAUUGCAGAGCUCAAGGCGGCACGAAAAUUCAAGCCAUACUGAAUAGGAGCAUUAGAAAGGCAGCAAAGCUGCAGUUGUCCAAACAUGUGCACAAGCUUGCUAUAUUGAUCACGAGUUCCAAUGGCAUUGCUACUAGCGGUCUUGGCAUGUGUGAGAGCGGAUCAGGGAGGGUGCAUGAACAACUGACGGCUGUCAGUGUGGUGUUUAUGAACUUACAAGCUCCACAGGUAAUACAGCUGUGGGGAACAC